AUGUGGACUAUUGUUCAUUUUGUAAGAGAUAACACCAUAGAAAUAGUUCCUGAUUUUUGGAUCAAAAAGAAAGAAAAGAGUUGUGCUUGGCCUGUUAAUAAAAAAUCUGCAAGAAGAUUAAUCCAAAAAAGAAGUUAUCCUAAUGAUAUAGAAUAUAAAUGGUUUCCUUCAAGAAUUGUUGGACAGUUUAAAAAAUUGAUGCCUAAUUGUGAUUUUCAAACAUUUGUGAUAAAUUCACUAACAAAAAUUAAGUAUGACAUAUCUGGAAUUAAUUCAAAGACAAAUGCUACACAUUUUCUUUUAAAUUCUUCUGUAACCAAUUCUGGAAAUUCCCUUAUUCAAGGACAACUGAACAAUAACCAAAUAGGUCAAACUUCAGACUAUUAUGAUUUGUUUCCCAUUAAAACCGAAGAAGAUCUUAUGAUUGCCGAAAAUAGAAUUCUUGAUAAGAAUUUAAGAUCUAAUUUGGUACUUCAAUUAUCAUUGUUAGUUGGUAUUAAAGAUGUAGGAGAUAGUGUUCGACGAUUAAUGAUGAAAAUGUUCUCAGAUGAAGUGCUUACUCUGUAUUCUUUAUUGGGUUUCAAAAAGAAAAAAAUUUUUUCCAAACUCGAAUGUUAUAAUUUAUUGAUUGGUAAGUUUAGUAUCUUUGCAAAUGAACUAUAUUAA